UUAACGGGAAAGCUCCUAAGACUACAGGUGUAGGACAAUUCUAUUCGAAAUAUUAUGUCAUAGUCUGAGAAGAUAAAAAAAAAAUACUUAAAGGAGGAAUCAAUUGUAGUUUUAGACAUCUCUGGCUAUAUUUUGGUUAGGUUCGCAGUAAACUUGUUUAAGGAGCACAGACUUACCAAACCUUCCUGGAAGAAAUCCUGGAAAACCUAUUUCAUUGUAAGGCUGUGUUUCCCAGUUCGUAGGUAAAGGCCCGAACCUUACUGCAAUCAUGGCUUUCACAAAUUACAGCAGUCUGAAUCGAGCUCAGCUAACCUUUGAAUAUCUGCACACAAAUUUAACUACUCAUGAAUUCUUGUUCGGUGCUCUUGCUGAACUGGUUGAUAAUGCAAGAGAUGCUGAUGCCACCAGAAUGGAUAUAUAUGCAGAAAGGCGAGAGGAUCUUCGAGGGGGAUUUAUGCUUUGCUUUUUGGAUGAUGGAGCAGGAAUGGAUCCAAAUGAUGCUGCCAGUGUGAUCCAGUUUGGGAAGUCAGCCAAACGAACGCCUGAGUCCACCCAGAUUGGGCAGUAUGGGAAUGGGUUAAAAUCAGGCUCCAUGCGCAUCGGGAAGGAUUUCAUCCUCUUCACCAAGAAGGACGACACCAUGACCUGCCUCUUCCUGUCUCGCACCUUUCAUGAGGAGGAAGGCAUUGAUGAAGUGAUAGUCCCAUUGCCCACCUGGAAUGCUCGGACCCGGGACCCUCUCACAGACAACUUGGAAAAGUUCUCCAUAGAGACAGAGCUCAUCUACAAGUAUUCUCCCUUCCACAACGAGGAGGAAGUGAUGACUCAGUUCAUGAAGAUUCCUGGGGACAGUGGAACACUGGUGAUCAUCUUCAAUCUCAAACUCAUGGAUAACGGAGAACCAGAGCUAGACAUAGUCUCAAAUCCAAGAGAUAUCCAGAUGGCAGAGACUUCCCCAGAGGGCACGAAGCCGGAGCGGCGCUCCUUCCGUGCCUACGCUGCCGUGCUCUAUAUCGACCCCCGAAUGAGGAUCUUCAUCCACGGGCACAAGGUGCAGACCAAGAGGCUCUCAUGCUGCCUGUAUAAGCCCAGGAUGUACAAGUACACAUCAAGCCGCUUCAAGACCCGGGCAGAGCAGGAAGUGAAGAAAGCUGAGCACGUAGCACGGAUUGCUGAAGAUAAGGCCCGGGAGGCAGAGAGCAAAGCACGGGCAUUAGAACUACGCCUGGGUGGAGACCUCACACGGGACUCCAGGGUGAUGUUGCGGCAGGUGCAGAACACGGCCAUCACCAUGCGCAGAGAAGCGGAUGUCAAGAAGCGGAUCAAGGAUGCCAAGCAGCGAGCCCUUAAGGAACCUAAGGAACUGAAUUUUAUUUUUGGGGUCAACAUUGAACACCGGGAUCUGGACGGCAUGUUCAUAUACAACUGCAGCCGCCUGAUCAAGAUGUAUGAGAAAGUGGGACCACAGCUGGAAGGGGGCAUGGCGUGUGGCGGGGUUGUUGGAGUCGUGGAUGUGCCCUACCUGGUCCUGGAGCCUACACACAACAAGCAGGACUUUGCUGAUGCCAAGGAGUACCGGCACCUGCUGCGGGCGAUGGGGGAUCACCUGGCGCAGUACUGGAAGGACAUCGCCAUCGCCCAGCGGGGAAUCGUCAAGUUCUGGGAUGAAUAUGGCUACCUCUCUGCCAACUGGAACCAUCCCCCAUCCAGUGAUGUGCGCUACAAACGCCGGAGGUCUAUGGAAAUCCCCACCACCAUCCAGUGUGAUUUGUGUCUGAAGUGGCGGACCCUCCCCUUCCAGCUGCAUUCUGUGGAAAAGGAGUAUCCUGACACCUGGGUUUGCUCCAUGAACCCUGAUCCUGAGCAGGACCGGUGUGAGGCUUCUGAGCAGAAGCAGAAGGUUCCCCUGGGGACAUUAAAAAAGGACCUGAAGACACAGGAAGAGAAGCAGAAGCAGCUGACAGAGAAAAUUCGCCAACAGCAGGAGAAGCUGGAGGCCCUGCAGAAGACCACGCCCAUCCGCUCCCAGGCUGACCUGAAGAAGCUGCCGCUGGAAGUAACCACUAGACCUUCCUCUGAGGAACCUGCACGUAGACCUCAGCGUCCUCGCUCACCUCCUUUACCUGCUGUGAUCAAGAAUGCCCCGAGCAGACCCCCUGCCCUUCACACUCCCAGGCCAACCAGAAAGGCCCCUGCCAUCAGCAGCACCCCAAAGCCGCCUGCCCUGGCAGCCCGGGAGGAGGCCUGUACAUCCAGGCUCCUCCAGCCGCCCGAGGCACCCCGAAAGCCUGCUAACACUGCAGUCAAGACUGUGCCUCGGCCUACCCCUCCGGUGCAGCCGCUGUCACCAUCUCUACUGCCCAACUCCAAGAGCCCGCGGGAGGUCCCCACCCCCAGAACCGUCAAGAUGCCAGUGGUCAAGAAGCCGGAGCCCCCUAGUAAACCGCCCCCGGCCACCCCUGGUCGGAAGCGGGCUCUUGAUGCCUCUGACGAGGAAGAAGUGGAGGAAGAGGCUGAGAGGAGGAAGGAGAGACCCAAGCGGGGCAAAAUUACUGUGAAGGAGGAAAAGAAGGACUUGAGUGAGCUGUCAGACAGUGCUGAGGAGGACUCAGCUGACCUCAAGAAGGCGCAGAAAGAUAAAGGUCUGCACGUGGAGGUGCGUGUGAACAAGGAGUGGUACACCGGCCGCGUCACAGCUGUGGAGGCAGGCAAGCAUGCGGUGCGGUGGAAGGUGAAGUUUGACUACGUGCCCACAGACACAACACCAAGAGACCGCUGGGUGGAAAAAGACAGUGAGGAUGUGCGGCUGAUGAAGCCCCCUUCCCCGGAGUACCAGAGCCCUGACACCCAGCAGGGCGGUGGCGAGGAGGAGUCCACAAAGGCCCCGCCGGUUGAGGCCCAGCCGGCUGUGGCCGUGACAGAUCCCUCCACUUCUGACUGCACCCGCAUUGAGCCUGAUACCACCGCCCCGAGCUCCAACCACGAGACCAUCGACCUGCUCGUCCAGAUCCUCCGGAAUUGUUUACGGUACUUCCUGCCUCCAAGUUUCCCCAUCUCCAAAAAGGAGCUGAGUGCUAUGAGUUCAGAUGAGCUGAUAUCCUUUCCUCUGAAAGAGUACUUCAGGCAGUACGAAGUGGGGCUGCAGAACCUGUGCCACUCCUACCAGAGCCGCGCCGACUCACGGGCCAAGGCCUCUGAGGAGAGCCUGCGCACCUCCGAGAAGAAGCUCCGCGAGACCGAGGAGAAGCUGCAGAAGCUGAGGACCAACAUCGUGGCUCUCCUGCAAAAGGUGCAGGAGGACAUUGACAUCAAUACAGAUGACGAGCUGGACGCCUACAUCGAAGACCUGAUCACCAAGGGGGACUAAGGGGCUCGGAGCCAGAGACCAGCUCCCUGCUCCUGCCUCAGGGCGAGUUCCCAGGGGUGGGGGCUGUUGCAUUAGUGGGUUGGUGGACUUACAUUGGUUUGACUCACAUGGGACAUUUGUGCUUUUGGAGGGAAAAUGCUCUGAUUCUUUGAAUCUUCCUCCCUAAGUUUAUAAAUAUUUAUUUUUUGAAAGAAACGAGAUGCUGCGCCUGCUGUGAGACUGUGCUUUCUCUGUGUGGCUCUGGGGCAAAGAGAAGCAGAAUGUGUGGCCUGAGCUGCUUCUCGGCUCCUGGCUCCUGAGGUGCAAGUCCAGCAUCUGGAAGCCGGAGAGGCUCCAGCAGGGCUGGCUUUUCUCCUAGAAGAUGAGCUAUGUGGGAUCUGAGGGAUAGAGGAGGGAGAGAGCCCCCCAGAGUAAUGCUCCCCUAGGGAUGCUGAUCCAGGGGACGCUCAGGGGGUCAGGGGUCAGGAGGACGCGUGGCUCCGAGUGGCUCCUGUCUCGGGUCAGGGAUGUGUGGCCUGAGCAGCUGUCAUCUUGGUGGUCUUUGUCUGAACAGCUUGGGAAGAAAGACCCUCUCAUUCAACCUCACACCCACCAUGUCCCUGCUGCUGGAGUGACUUCCUCAGUUGACCAUUGGCAGUGAGGUUUCCCGCCUCGGUAUCUUGAGGUUGAAGAGCAGACAGACAGGACACUGCAGACUGCUGGCCUGGGUAGCACACCAAAUGCCCGAGUUCCACGGGGCUUCUUUUAGGAAAGGGCCUCGUGGGUGGAAGAGCCCUGGUACUGACGUGGUGGGGCCUCCGUCUGUGGUGGGGCAGGGUCUAGAGAGCCUGAUGCUGCUUUUUCCGUUAUGGCUCCUCCGCCUGGCCCCCUCAUGCCCAGCAAGGCCCUUGCUGUGGGGCGGACAGAAGGGUGUCUCUGAGCCCCACUUGCCCACAGGCACAGAGGUGGGCCCUAGGUUCCCGGAGAUACCAUGCUUCCCUUCUGCCUGGUCCCAGCCUCAUACAGCUGUGUCCCUCCAGCAGCCUCUCAGGGUCCAAUACAAAGGCAGGAGUUGCUGUGUUUUCUCUUUAAGAGCUAAUGGAAAAGUUCCAGUUUCAUCCCCAACUCACUGUCCCCCCUCUGUUUGGAGACUUGGGGUUUUCUGAAGGCCGUGCACCACUGGUCUGUGAUCCACACCGGCACCUCCCACCCCAUGUCAGCGGUGGCUCACACGCCGCCCUGAGGUCUCAGGACUGGGAGGCACGGGGGAGGGAAGCAGGCCCCAUGAAUUGGGGGUCUGUCCUCUUGUGCGCAUGGCCAGAGGCGUCCCCAAACCAUAUCCCUGGGGGAGAGGGUUGUUUGGGGAAAUACCGCUGAGAGUGACCCUGGCUGCUUUGGAAGCUUCUCAGAGCCUUGGGGUUUCUGAGCGGGCGAUUCCUCCCUGGCCCAGUGCUCGCUCUCCACCCCAAGCAGCAUUUGGUCCAUUUUCCCCCAAACCUGUUUUAAUCUAAAAGGAAGUUGGUUUUUACCAGAGGGUAAUACUCAAGUUUUUUAUUUACACACCUGUAAUCAAAGUGCAAUACUAUAAACUUCUACUGGUGAGA